UCGCGUCCGGACUGCUAAGGGAUUUGGACUCGCCACGCCUCCCCGCUGGACGAGGCCUUCUGCAAUGACUCCUGAAACAUGCUUGUGGACGCAUCCUUUGACCCAUGGACCUCCACUUCCCUGCUUUGCCAUCGCCUAGGGCAGUGGAAGUUCAGGAAGCCUCAAUCGGGAUAUCUUCUUGUGAUGCUGAAACGCUUUUCAUCUCGGUGACCUUUGUUGUCGAGUGCAAGAAUCCACACGAUGGAGGCGAGCCAGAAAACGUGAAGGAUGGCAGGGUGUAAUAACGGGGCCAAUCCCUCUUCCUUCAAAACCAAUACCCGCAACUUUCUCCUCCCUCACUUCCACAAUCGCUUUGCGCUUCUCGAAUUCGGACCAAAUAACCCAAGGACGAAUCUACCGUCCAAAUGCAGGAUCCACGAGCCACGUCCGAUGGGACUCUACCAAAUGCUGCUAUUGCGGAAUGGCGUUUCAAAAUGUCUGAGUCAGUAGCUGUGACUGACAUGGACAUUCAGACGGACAUCCCGGCUACUUUGAGUUUCUGGGACAAUGCUCAGACGAAGCAAAAGGUGUGUAAGCUGCACAGCUUCUCCGAUUACAAGAAGCCUUGGUUCAAGCAGUUCCCCAAAACCAAUGGCGAGAAAGGCUCGGCUACCACCCUUUCUCCGUGUCUAGGAAGCGGGGAAGGGCUUAGUGUUGAGUCCAUCGUGGAUCUCUCCAAGGGCUUCAAGAAUGACGGCACCCUCGUGUCGUUCAGCCAGCAUCCCACCACUACUGAUGCGGUCACCCCAACAGAAAAUUGCCUGACGUUUACCUUACAACCGACGGGAAAAUCUAACACAGUGAUCACUCUCAAGGAUCUCAAGGAUCUACAGAAGGGAUUCACGAACACCGCUGGGUAUCGAAAAAAACAAUCGAUCUGGGAUAACUGCAAAUCCACCCGGCUGGCUGCAAUUCGACUCCAGGGUGCACAGACUGCCAGAUCAGUCUUUGUGUCUGACCAUCGGUGCUGCAGCGUGCCUCUUGAGGGAUACGACUUGAUUUUUUGCAACAGAGGGCUUACCAUCGCAGAGCUUCUCAGUGGACCAUGGUUCGACACGAAUGCUACACAAGGUCAACGAGUGUCUACCGCUAGAAAGCGCUCCAAUCGACACCGUCGAUGAGCAGACGGAUACUGAACAAGGCUCAAUCGUAGUUGGCCACUUGCAGGGAUCCCAAGGAGUCUAGAUGCCCUACGCCAUCCGCCGCUCAAUAUUCAAUGAGAUUCCUUUUCACCAUCCAUAUAUAAG